AUGAGCUUGCCCCUAAACCCCCAGCCCUUCCUGAACGGGCUGACAGGGAAGCCGGAUAAGCUGAAGUGGGGGAUGGAGUACAAGGGCUACCUGGUGUCUGUCAACAGCUAUAUGAACGUGCAGCUUGCAAACACAGAAGAAUACAUAGAUGGUGCAUUGUCAGGCCAUCUUGGUGAAGUUUUGGUAAGAUGUAACAAUGUCCUGUACAUCGGAGGAGGAGGAGGAGAAGAAGAUGGAGAAAUGAGAGAAUAAGUUUAUAUGUUUCUGGAAAAUAAAGAUCAGUUUUUCACAACUUUUAA